AUGGUUGAUCUGGACGGCAAGGGCCUCGCGGAUUACGUGCAGCCCAUCACCAGCGCAGCCACGUUUGAGGGCGCCCUCAAGCCCAACGGCAUUGCCUGGCACAAGAACGAUCUGUAUAUCGCAGUACUGAACGAUGACGUUUGGUUCCGUUUGUACCGCCUCAAGAAUGCAGACACAUGGGCCCUGGGCAAGAAGACUGCAGCCGCGUCUGAUCUUGAGAUCUUGCGCGAUGAUCUGCCUAAGGACUUCUGGCACGGCUGGAAGUUCAUCCGCUUUGAUUCCAAGGGCAACUUGCUAAUCCCUAUCGGCGCACCCUACAACAUCGGCUACAUGAACGGCAGCGGAGUGACAAGCAACAUUCAGUGGCCAACACUCAUGAACUCCAAUAACAAGGGCGUGGCUCAGCAGUACCAAAAGGCGGAUGGAUACCCAAAGUACAGGUUUGCGUCCAUCUACCUUUUCAAGCCCCCGUACACCGGUGGCAUGCCCAACCAGAAGGGCGCUGCGCCUGAGCUGCUUGCGGAUGGUGUUCGCAACACUGUGGGCUUUGACUUCCACCCACAGUACGGGAUGUACUUCACAGAUAAUGGGAGAGAUGACAUUGGCGGCAACAACCAGGCCAUUACUGACAACAGCCCCGAUUGCGAGAUCAACUAUUUUGGCGCAACCGGCGUCAGCACAAAGGCCGGCUCUGCGACCCCAUUCUUUGGCUACCCCUACUGCCACACCGGAGCUGUGGGCGGCCAGGACGCCACACCCUACACACGAGCUGUCGGCGUCGGGACGGCCAUUACGGAUCCUGAUGUGAACGUGGCAGAGGCCAACUUGAAUAAGAGCAACUUCCCGGCCACAUACAACAAGGCGGCCUUUGUCGCCCUCCACGGCAGCUGGAACAGGAACGCGCUGACCGUCGGCUCCAUCGGCGCAAGGGUGAUGACCUUGAAGCUCUCGGCGAAGGACACGGUCAGCGAGUACUCACCCUUCGUGACAGGUUUUCUGCCGUACGACACAGGGCUGGGCACGGGCCCCGCCAUAAAGUCGAAUGGCACAUGGAACGGCCGCCCCGUGGAUGUUGAGCAGCUGCCAGACGGCUCCAUUCUAAUCAGCGACGACAACGCCAACAAAGUCUGGCGUGUCGUUUACUGCUCGGGCGUCUCCCGCGCCUUCAGCGGCGGCAGCGCCGAUUACGGGGUGGGCCGCUGCGGCGGCUACUCCCGCGGGACGGGGCCCGUGCGGGCAUCCAAUGCCAAGAUGCCGGCGGCCAAGGCCGUCACAUCGUGCAGCGUGCGGACUUCGGACGACGGCUCCACGCCGCCAAUUUUGUACAGCAAAUGCGCCAGGGUCGACUUCUCAAAUGGCCGCGGCAUGUUUGCGACCGUGGCCUGGACUUUCAAAAGCGUCCCCGGUGACGCCUCCAAGAUCCGCUUCUCGUCAGCUGUCAUCUUCGAUGACUUUGACAGCGUCAUGGGCACCAGCUGGCUGGCGCACGGCCUGCCAUCCACCACCUCAAAGGCCUUUUUGAUGACGGGCGCCAGCGUGGUUAUCUCAAAGCAGGUGGACUUUAGCACCGCCUCGAUCCUGGACCAGCAGCUCGGCCAACCGGGCGGGAAUUGCCACGAUUUGUCGUGCUUCACGUCCACAAAGGAGGGUACUUUUUUUGACAAGGCAAACACUGUCAAGGCCCAUAUGGCAGGCGGCUCCCUGGUGCAGCGCGCAGAGUUCCUGGUGGGAAUUGAUGCCCUCAAGACCUGGGGCAACAAGAUACCCUUGAUGGUUGCAUUGGGCGACUCUGACCCAAGCACUGGCAGCCUCAAGCGCCACUGGCUCAUCCCCAGCUUCAAGAUCUCCUACACGUCCACUGAUCUGGACCCCACCAUCUCAACUGACCGCGUGGCCAACGCCCGCACCGUCACCAAGCCGGCAGGCGGCGGCGGCGCUCAGACCGCGCCCUUCCCGAAGGCUGCUGGCGGCUGCACUGUCAAUGGCGUCAAUUAUACAUACUGCGCAGACUUUACAGUACCGGGCCCCAACGGCAAUGUGCCGGUGACUCACUACUACAAGACCUCUGGCAGCUCUGUGGACGUGGCGCUCAAGAUGACGACUGCAUCCUCGGUGUGGCUAGGGUGGCACCACAACUCCGAUUCGCCGACAAUAAUGGCCAACUCAAAUGGCAACGCCAACGCGGUGAUCCUCGCGCCCAGCGGCGGCCCCGGCGCGACGCCCCAGGCCGCGGCCAGGAAGAUCCUGACCUAUAUCCAGACCGAUUGGACAGUCUCGACGUUCUUCAGCAAUGCAGUCGCCCAGGCCCUCCCUGGAGGAGACUACCUGCUGACCUUCUCGUUCACCUACCCUGCUGGACAAACCAGCAUCAUGGUCCACAACGGCAUCGGCUCAUGGACACCCCUGUCUUCAGGCUUUGUAGGCGGCAUGACAAAACACGCGGCCACGCCGCCGGCUCUGUGCGUCCGCGCCAACGGCCAGAUCGCCCCUGUCAACUCAUGCGGGUCCUGCGACUAG